CUUCUCUAUCUUUUCUCCGCUCUGCUAAAAAAAAAAACAAUAGAGAUUUGGUUUUUUAUUCGUUUUCCGAUUGGACUGUUUUCGGGAACGAUGACUUCUCCGGCGAGUUCCCGGUGAGAUGAUCUAGUUUCUAUUUUGGAUUGCAUACGUUGUUCCUCCAUGGCCACUCUCAAGGGUUUUGGCUGCGAUGGAUUCGUUUGGGUGAGGCUUUUGAGAAAAAGGGAUUUCUUUUGAGUUCUGCUGGAGAAGCGACUCUGUUUCACGUUGCUCUAGAAUCUGAACCCAUUUGCAAUUUGGAAGCUUUGAUGUUUGGGGGAGAUCAAAGAUGUUUACUUUGAUAUAUUAGAGAGGAUUUGAGGCAGCGAGAAGCUGCAAAGAUCCGGUUAUGGAUACUAAUACAUCUGGAGAAGAAUUGUUAACUAAGGCUAGAAAGCCAUAUACAAUAACAAAACAGCGAGAACGAUGGACAGAGGAUGAGCAUGAUAGGUUUCUAGAAGCCUUGAGGCUUUAUGGAAGAGCUUGGCAACGAAUAGAAGAACAUAUUGGGACAAAGACUGCUGUUCAGAUUAGAAGUCAUGCACAAAAGUUCUUCACAAAGUUGGAGAAAGAGGCUGAAGCUAAAGGCAUUCCCGUUUGUCAAGCUCUGGACAUAGAAAUUCCACCUCCUCGUCCUAAAAGAAAACCCAAUACUCCUUAUCCUCGGAAACCUGGGAAUAACGCUACAUCUUCCACUCAUGUAUCAUCAGCAAAACUUGUGUCCUCGGCCUCUUCUUCACAUUGUAAUCUGCUGGAUUUAGAAAAACUGCCAUUUGCCGAGAAAACGUCAACUGGAAAAGAAAAUCAAGAUGAUAACUGCUCAGGGGUUUCUACUGUGGACAAGUAUCCCUUACCAAAGAAAGCAACUCACACUUUCAUGGAAACUGAACUGUCUCUUAAAAAGGCAAGUGCCGAUAAUGGAACGAGUAAAACCUCAAAAGUGGACAAUAUGGCUCAAGAUGGUCCGGAGAAGAACAAAGACAGAGAUGGUGACGGUAUGCACAGCGCGCAGAACUACCAUUGGCAUUUCCCCGCUGAUUUUGUAAACGGAAAUAUGGCAAAAUGGCCUCAGUUUCAUCCCCCAGGUAUGGUAUCUCCAGACUUCAUGUUUCGUCCUAUGGAAGAUCGAGUUCACGGGCAAUCUAGCUCGCACGUGAAUCUUCCUGCUACAACAACAACAUCUGCUACUACAACUUCUCAACAACUGUUUCCAGCGUGCCAUUCCCAGGAUGAUUACCGUUCGUUUCUCCAGAUUUCUUCUACUUUCUCCAAUCUUAUUAUGUCAACUCUCCUACAGAAUCCUGCAGCUCAUGCUGCAGCCACAUUUGCUGCUUCAGCUUGGCCCUAUGCAAAUGUCGCCAAUUCUGGAGAUUCAUCAACGCGAAUGAGCUCUUCUCCUCCAAGUAUAGCUGCCAUUGCUGCUGCUACAGUGGCUGCUGCAACUGCUUGGUGGGCUUCUCAUGGACUUCUUCCUGUAUGUCCUCCUACUCCACUCACUUGCCUUCCAUUACCAACCGUUGCAGUUCCAAAUCCAGAAGCGAUGGGUAUCGCUGAAAAUGCUGAGCUACCGCCUGAGAAACAAACCACAGAUAUGCAAGAUCAAAACAUGGCUUCAAAAUCUCCAGCUUCAUCAUCUGACGAUUCAGAAGAGACUGGAGUAACCAAGCAAAAUGUUGACUCAAAUACCAAUGGGAACACGGAGGAAGUUGUUGCUGGUGCUGCUGCUUUGCAUGAUUCCCAGAAUAAAAAGCCAGUGGAUCGCUCAUCGUGUGGCUCAAACACUCCUUCGGGGAGUGACGCGGAGACGGACGCAUUAGCUAAAAUGGAUAAAGAUAAAGAGGACGUGAAGGAGACAGAUGCAAACCAGCCAGGUGCUAUUGAGACAAGUAACCGUCGAAGUAAAAUCAGAGACAACAACAGUCCAAUCACUGAUUCAUGGAAGGAAGUCUCCCAAGGGGGUCGUAUAGCGUUUCAGGCUCUCUUUGCAAGAGAGAGAUUGCCUCAAAGCUUCUCACCUCCUCAAGUGGCAGUGAAUGUGAAUGGAAAACAAGCUGACCCGUCAAUGCCAUUGGCUCCUCAUUUCAAGAGUCAAGAUUCUUGUGAUGCAGACCAAGAAAGUGUAGUAAUGAUUGGUGCUGGACCGGGCAAGAGUCUGAAAACGAGGCAAACAGGGUUUAAGCCAUACAAGAGAUGUUCGAUGGAAGUGAAAGAGAGCCAAGUUGGGAACACAAACAAUCAAAGUGAUGAAAAAGCCUGCAAGAGGCUUCGAUUGGAAGGAGAAGCUUCAACAUAACAGACUUUGAGGUAAAAUAAAAUGUCCACAUUUUUACCGGUAUCUUUAAAUCUAGUGUUAGUAAAUUUCUUCUUCAAUCUUUAUGAAAGAGACUUUUUUUUCUUCUUCUUCCCUUUUUUUAGAUCCAUCUGAACAUUUCUUUGGUCAUGUCAAUUCCUGUACCAUAUUAUUCCAUCUCCUCCAUGUCUUGUCUAUUGUGUCUGUUUGUUUGUGUCUGCUACUUCGGGUCUAUAUGUCUGCUGCUGUUACUGUUAAUUAACCAUUUAAGCAAUGGAUUUAUGCCUUUACUC